AGCUGUGCGCGACAAAUGAUAAGAGGAAUUUACAUUCUCCACGCAAGGUGUAGAGUUCAAUUUAGUAUAAUCAGUGACGGCGGGUGGAGCUGAAAUGGAUAUUCUGACAAAUUGGUGGUUUGCUGUACUAGCAAUCGUAAUAGUGCUUCUCGUUUGGGAUGCGAUAGACAAAAGUGGGCGCCAAUAUCGGGCUAUAAACAAGUUUCCAGGGCCUCCAAGUUUACCUCUUAUCGGAACUUUGGGAGAGAUUCUAUUCAUGGAUCAAGCCAAGACCUUCGAAUGGGCUCGCAAGUGGCCCAAACGAUACGGAGGUUCCUAUCGGUUCUGGAUCAACAGCUCACUGUACGUGCUGAAUGUAGUGCGAGUCCGAGAAGCUGAGCCCAUCCUGUCCAGCACCAAGAACAUCGACAAAAGUCGAUUCUACAAAUUUCUUCAUCCUUUUCUGGGCCUAGGCCUGCUGAACAGUACCGGUCCCAAGUGGAUGCAUCGCCGAAGAAUGCUAACACCUUCGUUCCACUUUAACAUACUGAACGGGUUUCAUCGUACGUUUGUGGAAGAAUGCGAUCAACUGAUGAGCACGCUUGAUGAACAUGUGGACAAAGGUGUUCCAACGGCCCUACAACCCGUGAUGUCCAAGUUCACACUGAAUACCAUUUGUGAAACCUCAAUGGGUGUGAAAUUGUCCACGGUAGCGGGAGCAGACAUAUACCGCGCGAAGCUGUACGAAAUUGGCGAAGCGUUGAUACACCGCUUGAUGCGACCAUGGUUGCUGAACGACUUCCUCUGCUUGUUAACAGGUUAUAAGGCCGCCUUCGACAAAUUACUGCUUCCGGUGCACUCCUUCACGACCGGCAUCAUCAACAAGAAACGAGAGCAGUUCCAGUCAAGUACGGAGCAGUACAGUGAGUUAACAGAAGAAAAUAUUUAUCUUAACCCGAAGAAGCGCUACGCUAUGCUGGAUACGCUGCUCCUCGCCGAGCAGAAGCAACUCAUCGACGCAGCCGGUAUUCGAGAGGAAGUGGACACGUUCGCCUUCGAGGGUCACGAUACUACGGCAGCCGCCUUAGUCUUCAUAUUUUUCACCCUGGCACGCGAACAGGCGGUCCAGGACCGAAUCUACCAUGAAAUCAGGCAAAUCUUCAACAAUAAGCCCCAGUCGGACCGAGCCUUCACGCCACAGGACUACACCGAGAUGAAGUUUCUGGACCGAGCGCUGAAGGAGUGCCUUCGUCUAUGGCCACCGGUGGCCUUCAUAUCGCGAAACAUCUCCGAGGACAUCGUCCUCGAGGACGGCAAUCUUAUCCCAGCGGGAUGCAUAGCAAACAUUCACAUUUUGGAUCUGCACCGGGAUCCGGAGCAGUUUCCCGAUCCGGAUCGAUUCGACGCGGACAGGUUCCUACCGGAGGAGGUCGAUCGGAGGAAUCCGUACGCCUACGUGCCGUUCAGCGCGGGACCGAGAAACUGUAUUGGACAGAAGUACGCCAUGAUGGAACUGAAGGUGGUGGUGGUGAAUGCGCUGCUGAAGUACCGAGUACAUCCGGUGACUCGACUGGAGGAAAUCAACUUUGUGGCGGACUUGGUGCUGAGGAGCACCAAUCCGAUUGAGGUUAGGUUUGAAAGGAGGUAGUUGAGCGAGUGGCGAAUAAAUAAAAAUGUAUUGCUGAAUCAGUAUUUGCUGGUG